AUGUUCGCAAAAAAUAUGGUUGCUUCCACGAAGGACCAAAUCCGAACCCUGGCUAUGAUUCAACUUGAGACAGUUUUCGAUACUUUAGGUACACUUGUGGAUGUGGCUGACGCGAAUGAAAUCGUGUCUUCGGCGUCUAUCCUGCGGGGGACGCAGGCUCGUGAGGAGGUAGUACAGCGGCUACAUGCCUGGUACAAGACAACGUCGCUGAAACUCCGAGUCCACGUUAACCAGAAGCUUCUCGAGGACAACCUCAGCGCAGAGGAGCUGAAGCUUCAACACACACUAUAUUACUAUGCGACCGAAUUCGUCAUGAAAUCGAUGUUCGUCGUCGUCGGGUCUGUGAUUGAGGAAGUAUGGAAAUCGGAAGAUAGAGAGCACCCACUUGCGGAAGCCGAGGCCGCGCUACAAGGCUUACCACUGGCAGCGCCCUCCCCGAGAGUAUAA